UCAUCCCCUUGCCCCGCGCCUAACACUAAUUUAACUCACUUGGAUGGAUCUCCACGAGAGUUUUUCGGAAAUAAAACAAAACAAAAAAAUAUCCCCGCUUCAAGAAGAAAAAGAGAGCCCCGUAGUAAAAAGAGGAAGAGGAGGAGUCGAGGAGAAGGCGGUGGUGGAAGGCGGACAUUAACGUCGGGAGAACGAUGGGCGAGCCAUCAAAAUCCCAUCUUUUGAUAACUCUGUUCUGCGCUGUCUGCUUCCUUCGCUCCGCCUCCAAUGGCGUGGCCGCCCAAACCCCGCUCUUCGCCUGCGACGUGACGUCGGACCCGACCCGGGCCACCUUCCAGUUCUGCAACACCUCGCUGGGGACGGCUGAGAGGGUCAAGGAUUUGGUCAGCCGGCUGACGCUGCCGGAGAAAAUCGGCAACUUGGUGAACAAGGCGACGGCGGUGGCGCGGCUGGGAAUCCCGAGCUACGAGUGGUGGUCCGAGGCCUUGCACGGUGUGUCCUACGUCGGCCCCGGCACGCAUUUCUCCUCCCUCGUCCCUGGCGCCACCAGCUUCCCCCAGGUCAUCACCACCGCCGCCUCCUUCAACACUUCCCUCUUCCAAGCCAUCGGAAAGGUGGUAUCGACUGAGGCCAGGGCAAUGCACAAUGUAGGUCUCGCAGGGCUCACAUUUUGGAGCCCGAACGUCAACAUCUUUAGAGAUCCAAGAUGGGGAAGAGGGCAGGAGACCCCUGGGGAGGAUCCUUUGCUGACCAGUAAAUACGCCACUGGUUAUGUCAAGGGCUUGCAGGAAGCUGAUGACCCUGACAAGCUCAAGGUCGCCGCUUGCUGCAAGCAUUACACUGCCUACGACGUCGAUAACUGGAAAGGCAUCCAACGCUACACUUUCAACGCAAAGGUCACGAAGCAAGACAUGGAUGAUACCUUCCAACCUCCAUUCAAGAGCUGUGUGAUCGAUGGGAAUGUGGCCAGUGUUAUGUGCUCCUACAACCAAGUCAAUGGAGUGCCUACUUGUGCUGAUCCAGACCUCCUUGCUGGAACCAUCAGAGGAGAAUGGAACCUCAAUGGAUACAUUGUCACAGAUUGUGAUUCAGUGAAUGAGCUUUACUAUCACCAGCACUACACCAAGACUCCAGAGGAUGCAGCAGCCAUCACAAUCAAAGCAGGGCUUGAUCUCAACUGUGGCUCGUUCUUGGGCAGCCACACCUUGGCCGCCAUCCAGGGUGGGAAGCUGGCGGAGGAGGACGUUGACAGGGCCAUCACCAACAACUUCGCCGUCUUAAUGAGGCUUGGUUUCUUUGACGGCGAUCCCCGAAAGCUUCCCUAUGGCAGCCUCGGCCCUGGCGACGUGUGCACGGCCGCGAACCAGGAGCUCGCCCGCGAAGCCGCACGGCAGGGCAUCGUCCUCCUCAAGAACGACCAUGGGCACCUCCCUCUUGACGCCAAGGCCAUUAAAUCGUUGGCGGUGAUCGGACCCAACGCCAAUGCGACCUUCACCAUGAUCGGAAACUACGAGGGCACACCGUGCAAGUACACCAGUCCGCUCCAAGGUCUCGGAGCCAUCGUCAAGACUGUCUACGCGCCGGGUUGCACCAACGUGGGCUGCUCCGGCAACUCCCUCCAGUUGGACGCCGCCGUAGCUGCCGCCUCAGCCGCGGACGCCACCGUCCUGGUUGUCGGAGCCGACCAGUCAAUAGAGAGGGAGAGCUUCGACCGGUUGGACCUCCUCCUCCCCGGGCAGCAGACGGCGCUAAUCACGGCGGUGGCCAAGGCGGCCAAGGGCCCGGUGGUCCUCGUAAUCAUGUCCGGUGGCCCGUUUGAUAUCACUUUUGCUAAGAGCAACGAUAACAUCCCCGCCAUUCUGUGGGUGGGGUACCCCGGGGAAGCCGGCGGCGCGGCCAUAGCCGACGUGCUCUUUGGAUACUUCAAUCCAUGUGGGCGGCUGCCGGUGACGUGGUACCCCGAGUCCUUCGCCGACGCCGUCGACAUGACCGAUAUGCGGAUGAGGCCUGACCCAUCGGUCGGAUACCCCGGACGAACCUAUCGCUUCUACACCGGCGAGACCGUAUACAACUUUGGCGACGGUCUCAGCUACACUGACUACACCCACCACCUCGUCACCGCCCCCAAGCUCGUCUCCAUCCCACUCGACGACAAUCAUGCCUGCCGCUACCAGCGCUGCAUAUCCCUCCCUGUCUCCGAAUCUGGCUGCUCCGGGCUCUCAUUCGACGUUCGCCUGCGGGUGCGCAACGCCGGAGGCACCUCCGGCAGCCACACCGUGUUCCUUUUCUCGACGCCCCCGCGGGUGCACAACGCGCCGAUGAAACAUUUGCUGGGGUUCGAGAAGGUGUACCUGCAGCCUCGCGGGGCGGCGGAGGUGGUUUUUACGGUGAACGUCUGCCGGGACUUGAGCUUGGCGGACGAGGUUGGGGAGAGGAAGGUGGCAUUGGGGGCACAUGUUUUGCACGUGGGCAGCCUGAAGCACUCGCUGAGCUUGAAGAUUUGAGGGGUUUACGUUGUGUAGUUUGAUUGAUUUGAGAAUAAGUGAUCCAUGUGAGUAUAAUCCAGACAUGUUAUUUAGCUACGUAUUUUUUCUUUCUUUACAUUAGCAGUGAUAAACUUUCCUAGCUUUAAGGGAUAAAGUCUAGAAUUAGUCUUCCUAUUUUUGUGGAUCUCAUCUAGAUCCUAUUUUUGUGGAUCUUAUGGUUCGUGCUCAUAGCAUUUGUGAUGCUAUAUAAAGGGUCGAGAGGCAUGUAGUAUCUUAUCUCAUUGUAAGGUUUCCUUUCAUUAGUGAAGUUUCUAUUUUGUCCUA